AAAUGUUGAGUUUUUAAUUCAUCCGUGCGUAUUUUUGUUUAGUGAAACAGAAAGGUGUGGCUCAUGGCACGAGGGGAGUUGUUGAGGCUCUUCUCUUGAAGGCAAACUAGUCCUCUGCAAUACUCAUCCUCUUCUGUCUUCCCCACGUUCCAUCACACUCCUAAUUACAGAAGAAGGCGACAUCUGAUUAACUACUCAUUCAAUCACUCAUCAUCUACUUUUAAACUCUUCCCUCACAUCUCCAUCCCCACCGCCUUUCACUUUCUUGAUUCGUUUCAUCAAAUCUAUCUUUUUUCCAACAACUCCUAUAAGUAAAAGGAGAUAAAUUCACUUUCAAGUCAAUUGAAUUUUGAAAUGGGCUGGAGUACUCAGAAUCAAAUACUUCGCUGUCUAACAUAUUCGCUUCUCAUUCUUACUAUUUCAAGCUUAUCCCACUUCACAUUCCAGGCUGAAGGAAGAAAAUUGCUUGAUACUCACCGUCAUCACGGGGAUAAUCAGAUAGAGAGUGAAAAGAGAGGAAUUUUGAGAUCACAAAUUGGGUCUAGGCCACCUAGAUGUGAAAAAAGAUGUGGUACUUGCGGUCACUGUGAAGCCAUUCAGGUUCCAACAAAUCCACAAAUUACAAAUGGAAAUAAGAAUCACACAAUCAACAGCAACAACAACAACAUUGCCUAUGCAAGGGACAGCGACAACUCAAACUACAAGCCAAUGAGCUGGAAAUGCAAAUGUGGAAAUCUUAUCUUCAAUCCUUAAGCAACAACUCAAACUAAGUACAGUCACCUUGUACAUGAAUCAUUGCUACUUUCUUGUUUAGUUCUGUAAGUUGAGUUUUAACCCCAAAUAAUCCCUUAAAUUUGGGCCUAAGUCUAUUUUUGUCCCUAUUUUAUUAGUACCUUAAAUGCGUAAGAACUAUCAAGUUUACAGAACUUACGUAAGUGUAUUAUGUUUUUCCGUGUCCAAGUAAAAUAACAAUCAUGAUCAAGGACUUCUUGCCCACCUUAUU